AUGCUCAUUGAUGGCUAUUUAUCAGAAGCUGGAGCAUCUUAUAUUGAUCAAAAACUAGGAUUAAAUGUUGUUCCUCCAACAAAAGUAACACUAUUUGCUGCACCAACAUUUAAUUAUAGUAAAAUUGAAAGAGCAAAAGCUAGAACAAAAUUAAGAAUAACUAAUAGAUAUCCACAAAUAGAAAGAGUAUUUAAUAGAAUUGGUUUACCAAAAAAAAUUGGUUCAUUACAAGUUUUUGUUAAAGGAUAUGAAGAUGCCUAUAUUGUUUUACGUAAAUGGGAAUCAAAAGAAGCUGACUUUCCUGAAUUAUCUAAAAAACAUUUUUUGUUACAAUUUCAAAAACUUGCUAUGUUAGAUUAUAUUAUUAGAAAUACUGAUCGUGGUAAUGAUAAUUGGUUAAUUAAAACAAUACCAUCUAAAUGUAAUGAUAAUGAAAUAAAGAAAGAUGAUGAAAUAAAUAUAGAUGUUCACCCUAUAAAACCAAUUGUCGAGGAAGAAAAUUUAAUUGAUCUUGAAGAUGGUGAAAAAAGUGCUUCAAAUAAAUUUGAAGAAAAUAUAAAUAAGGAUAAUAUUAUUGAUAUUUCAACAAAUAAUAUUGAUGAUAAUAAAAAUGACAAUUGUAAAGAGGAAGAAAAUAUUAAUGUUAAAAAUAUUGAAAAAAUAGUUAAAAAUGAUAGUAAAAUAAAAGGAUUUUCUAUUAGUAUUCCAAAAAGCAAAGAUGAGUUUAAAUUAUUAGAGAAAAUGGAGAAUGAAAAUGUACCUAAGUAUUUUGUUGCAGCAAUAGACAAUGGAUUGGCUUUUCCAUUUAAACAUCCUGAUGAAUUCAGAGGAUAUCCAUUUGGUUGGAUGUAUUUACCUUUUGCAAAAGAACCAUUUUUACAAGAAAUAAUAGAUGAAUAUGUUAAAAUUUUUGAGGAUGCCUUUUUUGUACGUGGACUUUGUGAUGAUUUAAAAAAAAUUUUUUCAAGAGAUUCUGGUUUUGAUAAAAGAAUGUUUUCUCGUCAAAUGGCUGUAAUGAGAGGACAAAUAUUUAAUUUAAAAGAAGCUUUAAAAGAUGGUAAGUCUCCUUAUGAAUUAUGUAAUAUGCCUCCUCAAUAUAUGUGUGAUAUUAAAAGAAGUAAAAAAAAACGUGGAAAAAGAGAUGGAAGAAGAAAUAUUCAAAAUGUUAGUCAUCAUCAUAACAUACCAACAACAAAUGAUACUUUAACUACAACUGAUGGAGAAUAUAAUUCAAGAGACAUGUUAAACAUCGAUCAAGAACCACAGCCUGGGCCAUCAACAUCAAUGAAUAGUAUUGAGACUGCCACCUCUUUACCAGUAACUAGAGAUACUUGGAGUCUUUUGUAUACACAAAAAGUACAAAUCCGCAAACCUUUUUUCCAAUUUUGGUGGUAG